AUGCAAUUGGAUGCGGUAUUUGAUACGGGACACUCGGCGCCCGUUACGGAUACUGCUGUGGACGCUGCCGGAAAGCGACUCGCAUCGUGCGGUGAGGAUGGCGUGAUUCGCAUCUUUGCCAUAAAUAACGAGUCGCCCGAUAAAUGGGAUCUGUUGGCCGUGUUGGAGGGUCAUACGGGAACCGUUGUGAGUGUCUCUUGGGCACCACCUGCGCAUUAUGCGUCGACGCUGCUCUCGUGCGGGGAGGACUUUCAGGUGAUUCUCUGGAGCGACUUUGGUAAUGCAAAAGGCUGGGCGAAGGUAUACUUUACGACUCUUGCGUCCGUUCCCUGGUGCGUGGCGUGGGCACCGCAUGAGUAUGGGAAGAUGUUCGCUGUUGGCUGUGCAAGUGGGUCAGUUAUGAUAUUCGUUGGAAAAGAUCAGCAGUGGAGCCACACGGAGUUCACAGCCCACCCGAAUGGCUGCUCCUCCUUGUCGUGGGCGCCCUCGUUGCCCCCUGGCAUGCUUCUUAUGGCGCCACUGGAAAGCGAAUCGACGGCGAGUGGAGCGCACCCGCCAGCUGGCAUGCCUCUCGCCCCGCCACGAAUUGUCACAUGCGGAGGCGAUAGAAGUGUGACCGUCUGGACUCUGUGCGGCGAAGAAUGGAGACCACAAGAACUCCCGCUCGAGGUGGAGGCGUCUUGGCGAGAGGUGGCGUGGGCUCCUGGCGUGGGCAUGCCUUUUACGUACAUUGCAGCUGGGUCGGACGAAGGGUUUGUGGUGGUUUGGUCACAGGACGGAUCGGCGCGUGGGGAAUGGAACCGCAUGGUACUGCCGCAGCAGGAGGAUGGUGUGACAAAACUCUCUUGGUCGCUUGUCGGCACAUUUCUGCUUGUGUCGUGUGCGAAUGGGACGGCCAGCAUGUGGCAAGAGUGUGCUUCGUCGCAGGGGUGGGAGCGGGCCUGCGAACUACUACCGUCGGGGAAUUAG